AUGACAGACAUUUCUUUGCUAUACUUGAUCUUAGGCUUGAUUCUAGCCUCUGGGCUACUGAAAAUAGCUACUUUUGUCUAUGGUUAUUUCUUUUCUCCGCUCAAGUCUAUCCCUGGCCCGUUUCUUGCUCGCUUCACCGAUGCAUGGUACCUCUGGCGCCUCUACAAAGGUAACUUUGAAAGAGACAAUGUGGCUUUGCACAGAGAAUAUGCAAUAAAAGCCAUAUACGGGCUGGAAAAGGCUUUUCCCAAGUCAUCAUGGUAUGAUGCCUGGGUGGCUCCCGGGGAAGUGAGCCUUUUCGCAGAUCGAGAUACCAAACGGCACGCAUAUCAUCGACGACUUUUCCAAAACAACUAUUCCAUGUCGUCUCUCAUCUCGUACGAACCUUACGUCGAUGAAUGUGCAGACCUCUUCGUCCAACGUCUAUCAGAGAUUUCCCAAACGGGAUUGCCUCUGGAUAUGGGCCAUUGGCUUCAGUGCUAUGCAUUUGACGUUAUCGGACUUAUUACAUACGGUAAACGGCUAGGCUUCCUUGACAGCGGAAAGGACAUUGGUGGCGUCAUGGAAGCUCUUGAAGCAUUUCUUUCCUAUGCCGCACCGAACUAUUUUGCUGGGUCUAGUGGUACAGGUCGCGCAUAUGUAAUUUCCUUUACGCGUAGCCGGGUGGCCGAGAGCAUGAAAACCCCUACGGCGGUCCCGGCGGAGAAGAAAACUACUUCGGCAGAGCCUUUUCUUCUCAAGUUCCUGGAGAAGCAUGAGCAGAGUCCUGACAAAUUUACGUCCACUAAUGUCACUAUGGGAUGCGUUGCCAAUAUGGUUGCUGGUUCUGACACAACUGGUAUUACGCUGUCUGCCAUCCUGUAUUAUCUGCUGAAACAUCCUCCCUGCCUCGCUGCACUGCAGCAAGAGAUCGAUUUCUACUAUAGCGAGGGCAAACUGUCUGGGAAACCGACGUUCCAAGAGACUCAGCAAAUGCCAUACUUGCAAGCAGUCAUUAAGGAGACACUGAGGCUCCAUCCUGCUACAGGACUGCCCCUGGAGCGCGUUGUGCCCAAGGGAGGGGCCACUAUCAGUGGACAUUUCUUUCCUGAAGGCUCAAUUAUCGGAAUCAACACCUGGGUUCAACAUCGCAACCAGUCUAUCUACGGCCUUGAUGCAGAUAUUUACAGGCCAGAACGAUGGCUCACCACCGAUGAGGAACAACUUUCAGUCAUGAACCGUCACUGGAUACCUUUUGGUCUUGGGUCUCGAACAUGCUUGGGCAGACACAUCUCCAUGUUAGAGAUCUCCAAGCUGAUUCCUAAGAUUGUCCGGGAAUUCAAUUAUGAGCUUGAUGGAGAUUUAGCACAAAUGGGGACCAACUGGUCCACGUUUAACUUUUGGUUUGUAAAGCCAAAGGGCUUUCAGGUCAGGAUUUCUCCAAGACAUAGUUCAUAA